GUUUCAGAGCUCCAGUACAAAAGAGUCAAGAGAUCGACAUGCAAGCUGUGGCCCUGCUCCCACUGACAAUGAUGUGGUUACUUUGGAUACCCGAAAUAUCAGCAGCGGCGUUGGAGGAGCAACUAGAGUUACAACGCAAUCCCCGCGUAGUUGGCGGGCAUCCCAGCGAUGUGCAAAAUCAGCCGUAUAUGGUGAAUAUCCGUCGACGUGGCAACUUCGAGUGCGGCGGCUCCCUUAUCACGCCGCACUGCGUCCUCACAGCUGCCCAUUGCCUGAAGAAUGGGCCGCCUUCCGAUUUUGUGGUUCGCGGUGGAGUCACCUAUCUGAGCGACAUGAGCAAUGCCCGCUUUGUACGAAAGGUACUUCUACCCUCAGCCUACAGUCGCACCACCUUGGACCAUGAUGUGGCCAUUCUGCAGCUCCAGCAGCCACUCCAGGCUCCCAUAGCUCGACCUAUAGGAUUGGCUUUGAGCUCACCGCGUCCAGGGUCUUUUGUAAGGGUCUCCGGCUGGGGUUUGACCGACUCUAGAUCCACGACGCUGCCCGAACAGCUGCAUAGCGUCCAUGUGAAGGUGAUGCCGCAGCGGGAAUGCCGGAAUUUGUACCGUGGCUAUCGGAACAUCACCGCCACCAUGUUUUGUGCCUCGGUACCGGGCCUAAGGGAUGCAUGUGCCGCCGACUCAGGAGGACCCGUGGUCAACUCGCUUGGCUUCCUUGUGGGCGUGGUGUCCUGGGGCAGGGCUCAUCGUUGUGCGGCAGCAAAUAGUCCCGGGGUUUACUCCGAUGUGAGCUACCUGUCCGACUGGAUACUUGAUAACAUGCACAGGCACUGCUAG